CGCCGUGGAGUACGGCCGUCGCGCAGCAGACUCGGUGACGGGCGAGACACCGGCCGGCCCAGCGCGACUGCUUCACCUGCUGCGUCAGCUGCGCCAGCCGCUGGCUGGCCACCAUUGGCUGCUGCUGGCCUCCGACAGCAACUUCGUGCUGCUGGAGAGCCUGCGCCGGCUGCUGGCGCCGCUGACGCCGACCGAGCCGCACUACCUGGGCCACCCGGGGCGCGUCGGCGGCCGGCUGGUGAACCUGGCCGCCGCCGGCGUCGUGCUCAGCGUCGGCACGCUUCGGCUGGUCUGGGAGGCCGACCGGCUGGGACGCUUCGACGACCUCGACCCGAGCCAGAGCGAGGAGGUCGCGCUCGGUGACAUGAUGUCGGUGCUGGCGAUCGCACCACGUGACACGCGAGACGCCGGCGGCCGGCCGCGGUUCCUGCCGCUGCCGCCCAGCGCGCUCUACCUGCCAUCGGCGCGGCGUCGGUUCCAGUCGUUCUGGCGCGACAGCGUGUACCCGCUGACGGAAGAGCGGCUCUGCUGCAGCCCGGAGGCGGUAACGUUCGGCCGGGUGGCCUGGACCCGCAUGUACCUGCUCGAGUACAUGGUGCACCACGUGACCACAGACGGCCGGCGGCGCCGCAUCGGCGGUAGUAACGGCACCUCUGCAGAGAGAUCAGCGCCUUCGGAUCGCGGCAGCGGUCUGGUCGGCCCGGCCGAGAGUGAGGCUUCGGCUGGUGCAGCCCUCUGACCAGGCGACUUUUGGGACACGUUGUCGCAGCCAGAUCAUCCGCCGUGUGUGCUUGGUCGGGCUCACCGUCUGGUGGACGUGGCUUUACUGAGAUUAGGGGCAGGGUUUGCAAUGCAAUCGAUGG